UUUUUUCCCUGCUCAUGUGCUUUUCCAGGCCUCUACUAUGUAGACAGUGAGGGGAACCGGAUCUCUGGAACUGCCUUCUCUGUGGGUUCUGGCUCCGUGUAUGCUUACGGAGUCAUGGACCGAGGCUACUCCUAUGACCUAGAAGUGGAGGAUGCGUAUGAUCUGGCUCGCCGAGCCAUCUACCAAGCCACCUACAGAGACGCCUACUCUGGAGGUGCCGUCAACCUCUACCACGUGCGGGAGAAUGGCUGGAUCCGAGUCUCCAGUGACAAUGUAGCUGAUUUGCACGACAAGUAUACGGCACCUGUCUCCUGAAGGAAAAUGACUGGCUGUUGGCACCUGUUUGGGUGGCUCUCCUUGAUUAUAAUAAAUAAUAGCACCCCAUCCCAUAGUGAAGGCCACAGUUCCUUCAGUACCUUUGGUAAAGCUCUGUCUAAAACAUUGGUGCGUGUGUUAGCAGAUGAUGAGCUCCUGGCUCAUUAG